AAAUGGAACUUGAAGAUUUCGAGUGUUGAACUUGAUUGUUUUUUUAUCUUCUUCUGUGGCCGAUUCUUGAUCGGAAAGUGUUCUUCCAUCUUCAAUUGAAAUUUUAAUUUUCGACUUAAUGAAGGAACCGCUCUAUGGCUUGGAAAUGAAGUUAGUUUCCUGUUUUCGUUAUGAAAUUCUAAAGACUUUUCAUCGGAAGAAGAUUUGAUAGCUCAUAGUUCUAACUGCAUAAAGAUUCAGUGUUCUAUCUGCAUGUUUACUUGAUUUUCUAUGUGACUGGUCUUUGAAAUCCAUUUCAGAUUGUUAGAAAUGUUCUAGAAAUCUGGAUUUAGAUAUGGAUUUGCUUGUUUUAGAAGUGAUAGUUUAGUUUGGAGGUCGAAUCUUUAUUUAAUAGAGAGGAAAUUGCCAAUUCCGUGAAGAGUUCUAAUCCAAAUGUCAUUAUCUGCUGACUCUUCCAUGUUUGGUUUUUUUGUUUUCUAUUGAUUAACGUGCGGAAUUACUCAAGAUUUAUUUAUGUUAGAUCUGAAUAUGGAUAGUUUAAAUCCAGAAACGUUUCUAGAAGGUCAACUCCCAAAUAGAAUUUAAAUUUUUUGGAUUGGCUCUUGCUUUAAGUAUGCAGGCGGAGGCAUUAACCAUGGGUUUGUCUUUAUAACAUUCUCAAGAGCUCUUAAUCUCCUUGGCCCUAUCUUUCCUUGGGGUUGAAGUUUUGGUAUCUCAGAAGGGUUCUUUACUACAGAGUAUAUGGACAUGGAGCAGUACUUUGAGGAGAUUAGUUCAUUUGGAGAAAACAAGUCUUCUGUGGAGAAUUGGAAAUUAGCUUUGGAUGCCAUGGCAGAAACUCAAUGUGAUUCCUCUGGGCUAUUUGACUGUAACAUAUGCUUAGAGACUGUGAAAGAUCCUGUUGUUACACUUUGUGGCCAUCUCUUUUGCUGGCCCUGUAUUUACAAAUGGCUUCAUUUUCAGGACAGCUCUACAGAAAAACAAGGCCAACGACUCCAGCAAUGUCCGGUUUGUAAGGCGGAAGUUUCUGAUGCUACACUAGUCCCGCUCUAUGGCAAAGGUGAAACCCAAGAUCCAUUCGAAAGCAAGAAUUCGCAGCUUGGAAUCGUCGUCCCUCGUCGGCCUCAAGGACCUGCUUGCUUUGAGUCACCAAGGGCAACCUCUCACCCUUACCCUCACCCUGUUCUUCAAUUCCAGCAAGGAAAUUUAUCAGAUCAGUCGAACAUUUACUAUGCUGAAGGAGUAUUCGGAGAAAUGGUUUAUGCGAGAAUGUUCGGUGCGAUAACGAAUCUAUAUUCAUAUCCGAACUCGUAUCCUCUUGUGUGGAGCAGUAGUCCUAGGAUCAGAAGGCAUAUUUUGCAGACGGAUGAAUCACUCAACAGAAUCUGUAUCUUUCUUUUCUGUUGCUCAAUUAUCUGUCUUCUAUUGUUCUGAGGCGUAGGUUUUUGGUUUUUGUCUCCGACCCAUUGUAAAAGAAUCGUAGUUCGAACACUGCAUGAUUGCGGAUCGAGUCUGAUGUAGGUGUGGCUGAGUGUUGGUGGCGAUGUUGCCCCUUUGCCUGCCCUUCUUUUGCAGUUGAUGUAAAUAAUAAUUUUGCUUACAGCCUCAUUUACAUGGA